AUGGCGACUCAAGUUGUGGUUUUCAAUCAAGAAGUGAAGAUGUUCAUGUAUCAAAUUGGAGCAAACGACGUGACUUUCAUUGGGUACUCGCAGGGUGGAAUCAUAGGGAGGUUUUUGGUGGAGCAACACAACGCAAAUGGAUACUUUCACACCUUCAUAUCAAUCGCCGCUCCUCUAGCCGGUCAAUACGGAAGUGGGGGUGUUGAGGAAGAGUUCAAGUCUCUGUUGUACCUGAUAAUGGGCGUGGAGAAGACAGAGCAAUUGCUGACUAAUUUGGGAGGCAUGGUCAACUUCUUUGAUCUUCUCUGUUCAGGGCAGAUCACCCUCGACCUCAACAUUGCUGGUUUGCCCGAACUGAAAGCAGACAACCUGCAUGAGACGUUGGCGCCCUGCGCCUACUGGCGGAACCCACUCACCUGGGCCCACCAGAAGACCCUGGAUACAUACUUCAACCGGAUGAACAACCAAAAUUUCACUGAAGAAGGUCAAAAGCUCAAGGAAAAUUUCAGCAAUUUAAAAAAACUCGUAAUGGUCGGCUCUCCUAAUGAUAGGGUGGUGAACCCAUGGGAGUCUUCUCAUUUCGGAUUCUACCCAGACGGAUGUGUGGACUCAGUGGAUCCGAUGGAAGAGACAGACUGGUUCAAAGACGACAACUUCGGACUUCACUCACUCGCCAAUGCUGGGGCCAUUGUGAAAUGCGAGAGCAUUGCAAAUCAUACCAACAUUAUAACCGAUCGAUCAAUGUACGAGGGUUGUGUUAGACCCCACAUUGCGACUGGGGAUAAAUGGGACCGUGAACCUACUCCCUCUUCAAACAGGGGGUCAACUAGGCCUAACCAAAUGUCCCACAAGGUUGCGGUCAAAAAGGAAGACUGCUGA